UGGCUUACCUCCCCCCCUCCCGGUGAUGCUUUCGCCGGCGUUUUCCUCAGUGGAACUUGAGGAGCGGGAGGAGGCCGGAGAGCGUCCGGAAGGGAGGCCUUAGGCCCGGACAGGCGGAGGCCGUGAGCGGCGUGAUCUGCCCGAGAUGGAGGCAGCAGAAGAUGUUAAUGUUACUUUUGAAGAUCAGCAGAAAAUCAACAAGUUUGCUAGAAACACCAGUAGAAUUUCAGAACUAAAAGAAGAAAUAGACGAUAAGAAGAAACAGCUCCAGAACCUGCAAGAUGCUUGUGAUGACAUCAUGGUGCUUGACAAUGAUUCAUUAUUGAUACCGUAUCAAAUUGGAGAUGUCUUCAUUAGUCACCCCCAAGAUGAAACAGAAGAGAUGUUGGAGGAGGCAAAGAAAAACUUACAGGAAGAAAUUGGAACUUUGGAAGCGCAAGUGGAAUCCAUCCAAAGAGUAUUAUCAGAUCUUAAAGUCCAGCUUUAUGCAAAGUUCGGCAACAAUAUAAAUCUCGAGGCAGACGAUAAUUAAAUAGGAAUAGAAAUAGUAUUGGAUGUUUUUGUAUUAAUUAUUUUUGCUUCAUGGUAAUUUUUUUGAGAAACCCCACUUUUCUUUAAAUUUCAUUUUUAUUUCAUGUAUUUAAUUACAUACAUUCUUAUUUAUAUGUUUAAACAAACUUGUCCAAAUUCUCUGGUGUGUUAUUAAAGGUGGGUGCUUAAAAGUUUACUGAAAAAAGUAAUAAAGCUCACAGAAAUA